AUGCGAUUUAAUAAUAAGCUUUAAUCGCUGGAAUUGCACAAAUAUAUUCGUAACAGAAACUGAAGCAACAGCUUUCCCAUAUCACCACUUCUGGCAGCUGUUAUUUGCACGCUCUGCAACACUAGUCCAACCAAGCACGUGCGUGCAGCUAGGCGGCAGGCGUUUGUUUUUAAUUAUUUAUUGAAUCGUGUAUAUUGUUAAUUCUAAUGGAGAAAGAUGACAAGAAGAGUGCACGGAAACAGGCCAAGCAGGCAAUCGAAGACUUUUUAGAAGACAACGACUGCGAAGCCCUUCAGCCGAGCAGCAAAAGCAACAGCUGCUGCGGUUGGGGCCUUCAAGAGUUCGAUGCCCAAACGCACGACGCCUGGCUAUUGAAAUGCCCCAAGAGUCUGGAUAGCAGUGAGCUGGAGGGCAAGCGCAUCAAGCUGCCCGGACGUCGCUUUGUGGGCGAUCUCCAAGUGCGGGGCAGCGAAUAUGUGACAGCGUCCCCUGAAACCAUUGCCUACACGAAUGCCAAGGGCAAAAAUAAGGUUCGCAACAUUCCCAUAAGUGGCAUUGUGGUUGUCAGCAAGCGUCUGAAUUUGGCGCAGCCCAGUGCCAUCCAGCAGGCCACACCUUUCCCAGCGACCGCAUCACCGCCGAACUUCAUGAUGCCUGUGCGGCAUCCGUUCUUCGGCCGUGACUUCAAGAGGCGCAUUAAGUUGCCCCAGGAGAUUUCCCAGCAACUGAUCGAGGCGAACAACAAGAGCAUUGCGACAUCCGAAUUUGUGCGACGCAAUGCAAACUUUUACAAGAUUCGCAAGCAGAUUGAGGGCUCUACACAGACGCUGGAGGAGAAGGAGCACGAUGUGCGUCAAUCGGUGCUGACCGGCGUGAAGCCAGACUUUAUGAAUCCGGGCAGUGGGCCGAAGUACAACCUCGGGGACCUCACCAGCGGCGACAAAGAAGAGCGUAUAAAAAAGAAGCAAGUCUCGUCCGUGGAGAAACCGAAAAAGCGCACAGCCAACGGAGAGGUAAAAGCGAUACGGGACAGCGCAGAUGGUGCGUCACGAAUGAAACGAACGAAGCUGGUAACCAAUGGAGUAAUAUAAGUAAUAUAUUUAAGCAGAAAACAGCCUGAAACUGAAUUGAAACGUUCUUAGACUCCGGAUAUCGUGUUGUUUUUUAUUUUUUUUGCUUAUGUUCAGUUUUAAGAAUACAUUUCGAGAAAGUCUUUGUGAAUUAAGUAAACAGACUUACCUUUAA